AUGACACAACCGCAGAAGACGAUUGCCGUGGUGAACGCGACCGGGCGACAGGCCGCCUCGCUGAUCAGAGUCGCGUCCGCCGUGGGUUAUGCUGUGCGCGCGCAAAUCCAUUCUCUCAAGGGGCUUGUUGCCGAGGAGUUACAGACCUUGCCCAAUGUCACGCUCUUGCAGGGUCCGCUGCUCGGCAAUACCCGACUGAUGGACGAGCUCUUCAAGGGCGCCUCUCUCGCCUUCAUCAACACCACCUCUCAGGCCGGCGACGAGGUGGCCAUCGGCCGGGCGCUGGCAGACGCUGCCAAACGUGCCGGUUCCAUCACCCAUUACAUCUACAGCAGCAUGCCGGAUCACUCCGUUCACGGCCCUUGGCCGGCUGUCCCGCAGUGGGCGCCCAAGUUCACCGUCGAGAACUACGUGCGCCAGCUGUCUCUCCCGGCAACCUUUGUCUACGCCGGUAUCUACAACAACAAUUUCACCAGUCUUCCCUACCCGCUCUUCCAGAUGGAACUCAUGCCCGACGGCAGCUUCGAGUGGCGCGCGCCCUUUGACUCGGAGACCCCGCUCCCUUGGCUGGAUGCCGAGCAUGAUGUGGGACCAACUCUGCUGCAAAUCUUCAAAGACGGCCCAAAGAAAUGGCAUGGUCAUCGGAUUGCGCUCACCUUCGAGACCCUUUCGCCCAACCAAGUUUGCGCCGCCUUCGAGCGUGCGCUGGGCCGGCCAUGCAACUACGUGCGCGUGCCUCGGAUCGAGAUCAAAGUCAAUAUUCCGCCGGGAUACAGGGAACAGCUGGAGACGCUUGAGGUCCUGUUCGGCGAGUUCAAUGCCCCCUAUUUCCCACAGCCCGAGUUUUCGCAGCCGGCAGCGGGUUCGCCCAAGGGUCUGGGCCCCGCCGGUGGAAAGGGCGCUGGCGCCGGAAUGAUGCAAGGGCCAGGCGGUGUCGUGUCGCUGCGGGUGACGGACGAAGCCCGGCAUCUGUGGCAGGGCUGGCGCGACAUGGAGGAGUAUGCGCGUGAGGUAUUUCCCGUGGAAGAAGAGGCGAAUGGACUGGACUGGAUGCUUUGA